CCAUCGGCCGCGUUGAGAGUUUCACUACUUUCCUCAAAUGAGCCGCAUUUCGCUCACGCUCAUUCUGGCGAGGCUCGGUUUGCUGGCAUCUCUUCUCGCUCCAGCGCUCUCGUUGGGACUGGUGGACCGGUACGCUCGAGCACUUGGAAAAGAUCAUGUCACGCACUACAUAUCCUCUAGCUUUGGAACGCUGGCGAGCGUCUCAGCCGAUCUUUGUUACAGAUGAAGCCAGCCAAAGACUCUGUGCAGUACCAGUCGACUUCCUGCUCCGCUCUUCUGCGCCGCCAUGCGAGUUUCUUAGCCGCAUCGUAGAAAUGUGCGUUGCAGAGGAGGGAAGUUUGUUCGAUCGGCAUGGCAAUAGCUUGCUUCAAUCAUCUCAGCUGUCUGAAGGCCCCCUGCUUUGGAAGCGUCAAGACGGAUCAAAUCAAGCCUGCACUUUCAAGAGGGGCCCCCGCUUCAAAUAUGCUAGAAGAGCUCCUGUUGAAGGGGAAGAUUCAAGCACGAUGAGCAACUCAAAGCGCUCUUCCCAGAAUCAAAACGCCUUCAGAGAAUCCCUCCUCGUUCGAGACGGUUCUUGUCUACUUACCGAUCGACGGUACACUACCUGCACAGCCGCGCACAUUCUUCCGCAAAGCCGUCCCGAGUAUUAUGAAGAGGUGAUGGGAUACGAUCCGGGCUAUUUAUUUUUGCCUCAGUAUGGCUUUCUUGUCUCGGACGAGCUGCACCACGCAUUCGAUCGAGGGGAGUGGGCCUUCUGGCCAGAGGGCGAGAAUCUAGUGGUACAUUUCCUUUACCCCCAAAAUGAAUCGUUGCGGCCCCUUCACGGCAAGGUCAUCCCGCCAGAACGUUUUCGCGGUGAAGCUGCUGAGCAUCCACGUCGAGACUUGCUGCUUUUCCACUAUCAACAAUGCGUACACAAGUAUUUCCGAGGAUUUUCCGCCGAUUUGUCCGGGGAUUGAAGAAGCCCGAAACGCAGCGGUAUCUUCAAAGGUUUACUCGGAUGCAGAUGCAAGUGUGGGUC